UAAAUAUUAGAUUAUCUUGAUGAACUAAUAGACCUAAAGCUAAUAAUGUUGAACAUCCAGGUGUGCCUAUGAUUAUUGUUUAUGCUGCACAUAAAAUGGCUCCAUUUCAAUUUGAAUAUAACAAAUAACCUAAACCUAUUGUUGAUUCGACUGAUGAUUUCUAUUUCCAAAAUCAUAUUACUAAUGAUAUUGGAGAUAGUACUGUACUUGCAUCAUAAUUUAUGGCUCCAGUUAUUAAAUGGAUUUAUGAACAUCAUCAUGGAUUAACCAAUAUCCCAACUAAAUUAGUUGAGUAUUGUUCAUAAUAUAAUGGAGAUGCUGUAUGUAUCAUCUAUCUAUGAUUCUAAAGAUUCUUAAGGAUAAAAAUUAUUUACACAAUCAGGAUAUUUAGGUCUUACUUGUUCUUGCAAAUUUUAAAAACUGCAUUCUUUAUUAUUAAUCUAUUUUUAGGGAAUUGAUCAUUGUGGACAUCCUUGUAUGAUCUAAGAUAC